AUGAAAAUAUUUAUAGAACCUAAAGCUGCUGCAGGUAAUUUAUCUACAAUUUUUGAGACUAGUGGUCUAGAAAAUCAGUUUCCGGAAGGUAUAAAUAUCCUGCUUAUAAUACUGAUAUCAUUUCUUAUUUCACUCAUAGUUCUAGGCAAUAGUAUUGUUAUGCUGGCUUUCAUUAUGGACAAAAGGCUGAGAAAUCAAUCUAACUUCUUUCUUCUUAAUUUGGCUAUUUGCGAUUUUUUUGUAGGUGCAAUUACAAUUCCUAUGUAUAUGCCGUAUUUAUUCACUGGGAAAUGGAUGCUUGGAGGAUUUCUCUGCAAAUUGUGGCUAACUGUUGAUUAUACAACAUCAACUGCUUCUGCCUAUAGUGUUGCACUUAUCAGCUAUGACAGAUUUCUUUCUGUGACCCAGGCGGUUUUACAUCGUUCUCUACAAAAAAGACACAGACAAACUGUUUUUAAAAUGACUUUAGUUUGGGUAUUUCCUUUCCUUAUCUAUGGGCCAACAAUUAUAUUCUGGGAGAUUAUUACUGGCACAAAUAAUGUUCCUCAGUACAGCUGUCGUGCUGGCUUCCUUGGCACAUGGUAUUUUCUUAUUGGUGCAUCCUCUUUGGAUUUUGUUUUUCCAAUGAUCAGUAUUUCAUUCCUAAAUUUGAGAAUCUACUGGAACAUUCAGAAAUGCAACAGAAAGAAAAGGAAGAGUUCCUCAUGUCAAACGUCAAAGGAAAAGACGACAGAUGGUAGUCCUUAUAUUGUAGCCACUAACAUCAUUCUAUCUUCUCCACAAGAAAGUAGGAGAAAGGGAAGGCAGAAAGAAGAGGAAACUGAACAAGACAUUCCAUGUGAGAACCUGUAG